GAAACCAGAUCAGCAGGAUUAGACGCGCCGGGUACAUGUCUCCACUGCCGCGGGUGUGAGUAAUGCUGCACUUCAGAUACCCGGUUAGCCACAAACGUUGCCCAUGUGUUGGGUGUGGCGCUGAUCCAGGUUAAGGUGAUGGUGGAAUCCGAACAAAAGAAAGAUUCUGCAACGUUGAUCCCCAUCGCCUUCUUUACUCGGUGAUGCAGGUGUGCUCCUAAUACAGCAGCGCAUAGUUCAAGGCGGGGUAGUGUGACGCGCUUGAGCGGUACCACACGCAAUUUGGAAGAAAGCAACGUUAUGCGAAUCUGCCCACCUUCGCCUUCACAACGCGCAUAAAUGCAGGCUCCAUAUGCAGCCUCCGAUGCAUCACAGAAGAUAGUAUCUGGAACAUACUCGUCCCAACCAGCUUUCUGCAACCAUAAUUCCUGCAUCAUCAUCUUGGCCCGAAUGACAAUCGGGGAGAUCAGGCCCAGCGGAUCGAACAUGCGAGCUACGUUGGAUAGAAUGGAUCGCUUUGUCGGAAUGGACACAUCACUGGAUAUUGCGGAUUCGAAGGAUAAAACGUCAUGCUCUGGCUCCCAUGAAACACCAAGAGCCUUUACCGUCUCGUGUGGUAAGAAUUGCCGCGCUGACUGUGUGCCGAUUUGAUCCGCAUUUAAACCGGCGAGCACCUCGAGCUGAUUGGAUGUCCACUUUCGAAGCUCGAAGCCGCCUUUGGCGAGGAAUUGAGAAAGCUCGAUUCGCAACUGGCGAGCAUUUCCGAUGGAAUCAACACCACCGAUGAAAUCGUCAACGUAGAAGUUAGUUUUCAAGGCAGCUGCAGCAUUGGGACAAGAGGCGCCCUCAAAAGUAUUGGAUGUUGCUGGCUGAGAGGUAGAUGCUGAUCCACUCACGACCCAGCCAAAUACGCUCUCCAUCAGGACUGGUAGAUUCGAUGACAUUUUAUAUUGCGCCCCGCUUACAAAGAACGUGUGAUAGUGCCGGGCACCGAGAAUAAUGUCGAUCGGUGCCGACUUCUCGAAAUGGGGGUCGGCGAAUAUGAUAUGUGGCGGUAAUUUCCAGCCGCUGGUGGGCACAUCAUGUGCAGGCAGGUCAGCAAUAAGCUUCUCGACUAUCAAAAACUCAACGUUAAUCGCAUAAGGGCUCGCUCUAGAUGAUACCGUGGUGCGCAUUGAUUUCCGCACCGGGGUGGACGAUUGACCAGCACCAAUCAGCGUGAUAU